GCUCACUUCCGGUGAGUGUUGCGUAACGGAACCGGGGACGCAACUGACUUAACUUGCAAGGUGGUCUCCUGCCACAACCUCUGAUGCUGCCUACUGUCUUCCGCUGUGUUCGGCCCGUUUCUACCAGUCUUGCCUUAAGCCGGCCUCUGGCCCACUUCAGACCACAUAUGGACCCAGACCCGAGCCGGCCCGUUGAGAGGUCUAUCAGAACCAAACUGACCGACCAACUCAAGCCGGACCACUUGGAGGUCCACAAUGAAAGCCACAUGCACGCUGUGCCCCCCGGCUCUGAGUCCCAUUUCCGUGUCCUGGUUGUCAGCUCCCUGUUUGAGGGUCUGCCGUUGAUAAAACGCCACCGUCUGGUUAAUGAGGCUUUGAAGGAGGAGUUAAGUAGCUGUGUUCAUGCACUGGCUAUCCAGGCAAAGACACCUGAGCAGUGGGGAAGUAACCCCUCUCUGGCUAAAAGUCCGCCUUGCAUGGGAGGCUCGAGGGGAGAUCACACAAUGGAGGAAAAACUGAAGGCUGGGCGAGAGUGAAGGGCUGGACGAUCAGGAUGUUGGACUGAGCUGUGGGAACAAUAUAUACAUCAAUGUCAGUGUGAUGAAAGUCAGGAUUCUGUUGCAGAUGUCAAUAUAAAAACGGCUUUCUAUAGUUAUUCUAUCAUAAUAAACAUGAAUUAUAAACAUUAAA